AUGAAUUCCCCCACGGUUGCGUCCAGAAUCAAAGGAUCGAUCUUCGGGGUGGCCGUUGUCGAUGCGCUGGGGGGACCAGUGGAGUUCCACGCGCGGGGCAGCUUUGAGCCUGUCACCGAUUUCCAACACAACGCGACCUUUGGUGUUCCUCCAGGCACCUGGACUGAUGACACAUCCAUGACCCUAUGCCUUGCCAAAUCACUCAUCGACUCAAAGGGCCAGUUUGUUGCCCAAGCCGCUAUCCGAAACUAUAUCGAGUGGCACGAGAAUGGCUAUCUUUCAGCAACAGAUAACUGCUUUGAUGUCGGGAUUGGUACAACAAGGGCGCUCAAAAUCUGGAAAACCUACUUUGAACAAUCGCCUGGUGUCAAAAAGGACGAUCCAGUGGGGCAUGAGGGCGGCCAGCCUGCCAUUGACAAGGCUUUGAAGCGCGAGUAUUCCUGCGGAAAUGGCUCCCUCAUGCGCAUUUCCCCAAUCGGCCUCGUGUACUUUCGCGACAUGGACGAAGCGUUGUACAAUGCUGCUGCUUCCUCCAAUGCCACUCAUCCGUAUCCAACGUGUGCUGAGUGUUGUGUAAUUUACACCAAACUCAUCGUACGCGCACUGAAUGGCGCCAGCAAAGAGGACCUUGCCCAGGAGGUGGUGUCCACAGAAUUCAAAGACACAAAGUUGAAACAGCAGUUGAGUCGCUAUACUAGCUUACAGGACUGGCAAGCCACAGACGAAGAUGUCAUCAAGUCCUCAGGCUACGUGGUCUCCACGCUUGAUGCUGCUCUGUGGUCGUUUUUUACCACGUCCACUUUCGAGAGCGGAGCUUUGAGGGCCGUGAACUUGGGAGAUGAUGCGGAUACUGUGGGUGCAGUAUAUGGAGGUUUGGCGGGGGCAUUUUACGGUCUGGGGGCGAUACCGUCUGGAUGGGUUGCGGGGCUGCAGAAGAGAGAGGUCGUGGAUGAAAUUGCUUCAGGGCUUGUUUCCCUUAGCCAGUGA